AUGUUCCGCUUUUUCAAGUGUAUCAGGGACAUCGAGACGAAUAACGAAAACACCGCCGCGUUCGACGCCGUGGUGAACUCAUCAUUCGUUAUUAUCACGGGCGUUCUUCUCCCUACUCCUCCACGGGAAGGGGUCUUUCUGGGCUCGGGGAACUUGGAGGACGUCAUUGCAGUUCGCACUCCGUCCGCCGAACGGUGGUCCAUCAACGGGCUGCUUGGAGAACUCGAUGCUAUGGUCAAGAUGUGUUCCCUUGACUUUGCCGAACUACAUAUGGGUGCCUUUUCUGUAGGGGCUAAUGAUGCGAGGUACGGCGAAUAA